AAAUAAUGUGAUGUGUAACCUAAAGCUUUUGGCAGCCCAUUACAUAAGCCAAGGGGAGGCACACACAAUAUAGCGCGUGCCUGCAUAUAACAAUAUAAUGUCGGCCUCGGUAAAAGCUUGCCCCGCCAUUUAAAUCAUAAAUUUACAAGCUGGAGAAUAUAUCGCCAAGUCUACUACUAGCUAUUCAAUGUCAGAUCUUGCAAGAAGACUAGGGCCGCAAGGUCGACAACUCUUGUAUAGCCAGCAAGGGUUUACCGGGGUGGGUCCACAAGAGCUCGAUUUUGUUGUUCAUGAACUAAGAAAUCCCCGUCCAGAUACGAAUGUUAGAAAGGUGUUGGGAUAUAUGUACAACUACUUGCCAUAUGUUAAACACGAACAUAACUUGAGGGUAUUAGUUGCUAGUUUUCUUAAUAAUCCUGUAUGUUUUGGAUCGAAUACAGUCCCGUUUGAAUCAAAUUAUCUUAUAAUUGAAGUGUUUAAAUUAAUUACUGAUAAAAAGUUGAAGAUUAGUAUUCCUACUUUAUCAUUGAAGAGUUUUUAUUCAGUAAUUUUAACGGAAUUGACCAAUUUUGCUGCGUUUAAUCCCGUAGUAAAUAGUUGGAAAGUGUUACCAAUAAUAACUGGUUUAUUAUUAUCGAAUACUUUAAGAGAUGAAUUAUACGUAUUUCCUAAUGUAAUUGAGUAUAGAUGGUUCUUCCUGGAUUGGGAUACGAAAAUUUUGGAACUUUUCUACAAUAGUCUUAACUAUAGUGUUUCUGCAGCUCAACCAGAUGAUGUGGUGAAUUUAAGUCUUGUGAGUUAUGCUUUAAUAUUCAAAAAGGAUCAAGAUAUCAAAACCAAAGUGUCAUCAAGUUUCAUAAUUCAAAAGCUUGCUUAUUUAUUAUUUUCUCAUCCUGAUAGUUCAACCCUAAGUUAUCGAAGGUUGUUCGAGUUGGAUCCAAACUCCCAAGAUAGCGAGCAAAUAAUUCAGGAGCAUAUAUUACAAAAGCCUACUAUUAAACACCUCAACAAAAUUUCAUUCCUUUUACAAGCUUAUUUCAAAGUCCUUCCAUUGGGUACACAGUCCUAUAAUGUAAUAAACAACGUAGUUGAUACUAUUGUUUAUUUCAAUCGUCAAUUGAAUCAUACUAGUUCCUCUUCAGAAUUUAAUAAUGCCAAAAGCUCAAUCAGUACCAAUCAUUUACAUCAACAAUACUGGUUCAUAAUGAAGAACAUAUUAUUUUCUCAAACUAUUAUUAUCCAAGGAAUUUUAACUAGAUGCUUAAUAAAUACUUCACAAUCUGGCUAUACUUUCAGUCUAUUUGGAAGAAGAAACCAAGUUAAUAAGAUAGAACAUGAAUAUCAUCAAAUUUCAUUAAAGAUAUUAUCAAUUCUCUAUUACGCCAAUUUCAUAUUACUUUCUAUCGGUCAGGGAGGGUUUGACAAUUAUAAUUUUGUUUACUAUUUAACACUAGAAUUAUCAAUAUCAUCAAAUGGUACUGAUUUUGAAAAUUUGACUAAAUAUUUGAUAUCGAAUUAUCAGGAAAUCAAUUUUUUUCCUCAAGAAUUGAAUAAUAACUAUAUAAUGAGAUCAAAAGUUUUAUUUGUCCUUGGGUUAUGGGAAAAUUACUUACAAAAAGCAAGUACAAAUUUAGAAAAGAAUGAAAGAUUUAUUGACAAUUCCAUUUUUCAACUUAGUUUUGAUCUUGUAGAUGAUACAAAAUACAUCGAGGAUGACUUAAUAGAAGCAUCUCAUUCGGUGCUAUUGUUUUGUUUCUCAUCCCUUAAUUCAAACUCAGAUUUAUCCAGAUUCAUAAACUAUGGAAAAUUAUUAUUCAACCAGUUUCCUAGACGGAUUUCAUCUCAACAAUUGAAUAUUGCUGUUGAAACUAUUGGUAAGAAGGUAUUAUCUAAUCCAUUUGGAGAUGGACUUGCAGUAGAAAACUUUUUAAAUUUUGUUUCUGAUGAGUGUGCAAUCAUAAGACCAGGUAUAAAGAUCCCAUCAGUUGGAACUAAUGGGAAUGCUAAUAAUUUUGGAUUUGCAUCUGCACAACCCAUACAAGAAAUUGCCGCCGAAUCAGUGUUGGCCAAUUUAGAUGAGAAGGAUGGUGAUGUGAUUGCAGGAAAUAGAGUCAAACCUCCUAAGGACGUAUCAUUAUUCCCUGAUAUUACGAAGAAUCCACUAAUGAAAGAUUAUGAAUUUGAGAAUCGUCUAGUUCCUGAAACAUCUCGAGAAGCUGCCAUAGUAUCGUUCAUUACAUUACUACCUUAUUUACCCUUAUCAAUAUUUCUAAAAUGGACUGAUAGAAUUUGGUCUCUUAUUACUUCAAGUAAUCCCAAGGAAAGAAUAUUUUUGAUAAAUAUGUUAUGGAAACUGUUGAGUGAAAAUUUGGAUCUUAACAGAGUAGAGCUUGCUAUCAGAUGGUGGUAUAAUAUUAAGAGAUUACCAGAAAUUGCUAUAGUGAACCAUCAGUCUAGAUUGUGAUUAUUAUAUAUUAUAUAUUAUAUUACUUAUAUUACUUAGGACACCCGCUAACCAAGUAUGGUAUAUGCAGUCACCAAAAUAUAGAAAAAGUUUUGCAA